UUCUCGGAAAACAAGGGGCCCCGUCUUUGCCUUUCCUCCAAUCAGCCCGCUUCCAGAAGGCGGCGACUGAUUUCCAGUGACAGAGAGAGAGAGAGAGAGAGAGAGAGAGAGAGAGAGAGUUUGUGAAGGAGUCUGAGAGAGAGCUCGGCGAGCGAAGGUAUUGCCCACUUUGAUCCGGAAAGCCAGUCUCCGCAGGCAGAAUGAAACGCCGGGAUCCCCGCGGGCAAAUCAGUCCGGAAUAGGAGGGGGCGACUCCCCGUUCUACAGACUGUCAGGACUUCGCUAUUGGCAUCUGCUACUUUCAAACUUUGGCCCGCUGGAGGAGAUGAAGAUCUUGUUGUGACAAACGUCAGGAGGUUAACAAUGGAGCUGAGGAAGAGAAGGUGAGGGGGGCACCUGACAGCCACAUUGAUCCUCCGGCACAGUCUCUGUCUAUGGGCACAGGUCUCCAAGAUGUUAACUGUUAAGUUGCCCCACCUGUUAAGCAAUCACCAAGUUCCCAGAGUUUUCCGUGAGGAUGGGAUUGUGUCCGGCUACCGUAACCCCCAAAGCUCAGCCAGGGACUGCCUCAUUAGCACCUUCCAAAUGACCAAUGAGACGCUCAACAUCUGGACCCACUUCCUCCCCACAUGGUACUUUCUGUGGCGGCUGCUCGUCCUCUGGCACUCUGUGGACUUCUACAAUGAGGCGUAUGCCUGGCCACUCUUUGUCUACAUGUUCUUCAGCUGCCUCUACCCUUUCACCUCCAGCUGUGCCCACACCUUCAGCACCAUGUCCGCUCACGCACGACACAUCUGCUACUUCUUCGACUAUGGGGCACUCAGCCUGUACAGCUUGGGAUGUGCCAUCACUUACCGGGCCUAUGUAAUGGCUGACCGUUGGAUUAACAAUGCUCUCCAUUCCUGCUUCGUCCCUGUCGCUGCAUUUAACACGCUGGUUUGCACAACACUCUCUUGCUACUCCAGAUUCCUGGAGAUUGAGCAGCCCAGGCUCAGUAAAACGUUGCGGUUAACAGCCUUCACCUACCCCUUCCUGUUCGACAACGUGCCGCUCUUCCACAGGCUCUUCCUCUGUUGGGGUGAAGACUGCAGCCACAACGCCUCCGUGCCCACCCACUACUGCCACCUGCUGUUUGCCUUCCUCACCUGCUUCCUCUUCGCCUCUCACCUGCCGGAACGCCUGGCUCCUGGCUGGUUCGAUUAUAUCGGUCACAGUCACCAGCUGUUCCACAUCAGUGCAGUGGCCGGCACACACUUCCAGCUGGAGGCCAUCAUCAGCGACAUGGGCUGCCGUCGGGCCUGGCUACUGGCCAACACACCACUCCCCUCGCUGGGUGGAACCCUGGGCGUGAUGGUGGCUGCCGUGUUCCUCAACCUCCUCAUCAUCUCCUCCUUCAUUGCUCUCCUGGCCCUGGCUCCUGGCUCCUCCCCCUUCCUCCUCAGCACCCUGUCCAAUCGGGUCAAGCCAAAGGGGGAGUGAUGUGGGGAGGGGAUCGCUGCUCUCUGGGAUGGGAUUGUGGAAUUCGGGGGUCACCCCUGACUGCCUGGUGAUGUGGCUGGAGAGGGUUGGAUCAUCCUCCAUCUCCAACUGAUCCCCAGGAGAUGUUGGCUGACCGAACUUGACCAUGGAACUCACUCGUGUUCUGACCCAUGGUGCCUGCCUCUUCCAGUGGGUGGUGGUUGGCAAAUGCUGGGCUCCGGAAGUGGCUACCGGGCGUCGUUGGUCUUUGGGUGCACGAGAGUCAGGUACGGGGAGCACGGCUCUCAUCCCCAGAGCAACGGAGGGGGGGUGGUGUCGACAAGAGGGCCCCAAACCUUCACUAUCCUCCCUCAGAGAUCACCCAGAGUUGUGGAGCAGAUCAGGUGCGCUCCAGCUGAAUGGUAGGAACAUGUUCGAUGGGCUGAAUAGCCUCCGCCUCCUCCUGCACCCAUUUUGGAACAACUGUCUCAGAUUCCAAAGGAGAUAUGAUGUUUUAUGUAAACAUCUGGGCAGCUCCCUCCUGAGCAAACACACUCGGAUGCUGUCAGCUAAUCCUCACCUCCCCGUCGCUACCCACACUAUCACCAUGGCUAUAACUGGCAACCUACUCCCUAUGCUCCCCUUGGAGCCAGGCAUGGAGAUAUCCUCACCUGUGGGUGAGUGAGUGUAGUCAUCUCAGUGACUCAUCCAGAGCUGACCCUGAAAAAUGUUCCAGGAAAAACUCUGGCUUGUACUCUACAAUUUGUUCACUUCCUGACAUGUUGGCACACACUGGAUGCCACCUAGCUUGCUUCAGAGUGUCAUGGAAAGUCCAACAAAAGCAGAAACUAAUUUGUCAGUUCCCACAGCAUUUUUGGAGCCAGUUACGGAAAGUGAUUGGGAACGGCCAGUGAUUCACCCCCCAAUAGCUAUCAGCUGACUGCCUCUGCCCACAGCCCCCUCAGGAAGGAUCUGAGCAACUCUGCAAGAGUUUGGCUCCAGUUAAACCAGUCAACACUUUAGCAGCUCAUUAUCCUCACUCUCCCACUUGCCUGGAGCCGAUGUCACAGAGGGAGAGAGCUGUGUCUUCAGGUAGAGUCUGUUGCCGACCUUGCCCCAAUGUAACCUCAUACCUCUGCCUGGGUGCCUCAUCAACUGCAGUGAACCUUUCUGCCUAAUGAAAAAUGCAUCUUAACUUUCAUUCCUCCUUGAUAAUAAGUAAACCUCUCAAAUGGGUGCUGCUUAUCCUCAGUGCUAUUAAGCAUUUAAACUGGAUACCUAGAUGUUUUAACAGAGUAUUUGUUAACUGCUUUCUAAAGCAAUAUUUGUAUCGAUUGUCUUUGGUAUCAUUUCUCUUUUGGUCAGCUCCCACUCCCACGUGUUCCAGGAGCCAGGAAGACUGACCUAUAAAACAUGUCAGUUGCUGUAAAAAAUAUUCAGUCAAAGAAUUCUAAUGGAUUGGAGAAGAUUGUGAAUUAUACGGAGAGGCAGGGAUUAAUUCCUGGCCUUUGAAUGUAAAAGGUUCCUGUGUCACAGUUGUCGACAUUAAAGUUUACUGUGGGUUCUGA